AUGACUGCACCCCCGAUCCUCCGUCUGAUUCCGGCCGUAACCCCGAAGUCCCGUGUCGCAUCUCAGCUUCCCAGGCGGUACAGUCUUCAGAUAACCUGCAACGUGAAGCCGAACGCAUCCAACAACCGGGAAGGCAUCGUCGACAUCAGUGCGGAUCGGGUUUCUGUAUGCGUUGCCGCAGUGCCCCGGAACGGCGAGGCAAAUGCAGCGGUAUCUCGCAUUGUCGCACAAGCGUUCAAAGUGCCCAAGUCAGACGUGGAAGUAAUCCGCGGGCUCAAGUCGCGCGACAAGAUCCUCAGCAUCGCUAAUCUGGAGAUCGGAUCCCAAUCCGAAGACGAGUUCAUUCAACAGGCGCAUGAGAGGCUGAGAAAGGCAUUAAUCUAA